CUCGGCUGGGAGGCCGCGGCUGCCGCAUCAGAGCUGACGUGGGGACGACGUGGGGCCGCCGCCGGCGCCGGCGCGGGGUUGCUGGGCGGCGGCGCCGCUGCUGAGCGGCGGCCGGGCUGGCGGUCUCCACCUCCUCCCGUCCGUAAUCAGUGACGAGGUCCGCUACGUAAACGCCAUCGCGGCGGAAAGAUACCAGUUUUGUUCAGAUCAAGAUAGGACCAACCUGGGUACCAAUCUAGGAUAAAUAAAGAAGAACACAGGAAAGGAGCAAAGCAUUGAUCACAAAUGUCUUAAUAAUGAGCAAAUGUGGCAGGAAAAAAUAUAUUAAGACAAAUCUAAGACAAAUGACCAUGGAAACAAUUGAGUCCCAGCAGGAUGGAGGUGUAAGAGAUUCUGUGGCAGAGAGCGAAUCUGCUCAUAUGCAGACUCAGACUGGUCAAAAUUCAAUCCCUACUUUAGCUCAGGUUUCUGUAGCUGGAUCAGGCACCGGAAGAGGCUCCCCAGCUGUAACUCUAGUGCAGCUACCUUCGGGCCAAACUGUACAUGUCCAGGGAGUAAUUCAGACACCACAGCCAUCGGUCAUUCAGUCACCACAAAUACAAACUGUUCAGGUAGCAACAAUUGCAGAGACAGAUGAGUCUGCAGAAUCAGAAGGUGUAAUUGAUUCUCAUAAACAUAGAGAAAUCCUUUCACGAAGACCCUCUUAUAGAAAAAUACUGAAUGAAAUUUCCUCUGAUGUGCCUGGUGUUCCCAAGAUUGAAGAAGAAAAGUCAGAGGAAGAAGGAACGCCACCUAACAUCGCUACCAUGGCAGUACCGACUAGCAUAUAUCAGACUAGCACGGGGCAAUACAUUGCUAUAGCCCAAGGUGGAACAAUCCAGAUUUCUAACCCAGGAUCUGAUGGUGUUCAGGGACUGCAGGCAUUAACAAUGACAAAUUCAGGAGCUCCUCCACCAGGUGCUACAAUUGUGCAGUACGCAACACAGGCAGCCGAUGGCACACAGCAGUUCUUUGUCCCAGGCAGCCAGGUUGUUGUUCAAGAUGAGGAAACUGAACUUGCCCCAAGUCACAUGGCUGCCGCCACUGGUGACAUGCCAACCUACCAGAUCCGAGCUCCUACUACUGCUUUGCCUCAGGGAGUGGUGAUGGCUGCCUCGCCAGGAAGUCUGCAUAGUCCCCAGCAGCUAGCAGAAGAAGCAACACGCAAACGAGAGCUGAGGCUAAUGAAAAACAGGGAAGCUGCCCGGGAGUGUCGCAGGAAGAAGAAAGAAUAUGUCAAAUGUCUUGAAAAUCGUGUGGCUGUGCUUGAAAACCAAAACAAGACUCUGAUUGAGGAACUCAAGGCCCUCAAAGAUCUUUAUUGCCAUAAAGCAGAGUAACUGUCUUUGACUUGGACCUUGUUUACUGUGAACUCUAAUCAAGGCAGGAGAUGCAGCAGUUCUCUACUAAUUGCCAUGUGGACUUUUAUGGAAGGGACACUUGUGACCCCUUAAGAAUCCAGUCUGGCUUAGUGUUUGAAAUUGAAUUGGGAAUGUCGUUCAUUCCAAGAUUUGGAAUGCAACCGUGAUCAUAUUUACCACGCUUACUUCACCCUGUUUGUCAAUAGCAUGCAAAAAAUGUUUCGUUUGCCCUUUUGCUUCUACUCUUUUCAGGGAAGCUGCAAAAGAAUGUCGACGUCGAAAGAAAGAAUAUGUCAAAUGUCUGGAGAGUCGAGUGGCCGUGCUGGAAGUCCAGAACAAGAAGCUUAUAGAGGAACUUGAAACCUUGAAAGACAUUUGCUCUCCCAAAACAGAUUAGUAGAAAUAUUUAACUAUGAACUGAUUACAACAUGUACAGUUACUUUUGAAGGCAAUACAAUAUAUAGCCGGCAAGAAUUAUGGCUUUUUUUCCCUUUUUAUCAUUCAUCUAUUCUCUAAUCUCUUAACAUUCCUAAAAUGCUUCACUGUAUGUAGUUAAGUCUUAGCUAUAACUUCAGAUUUUUUUUAAAAGAGACAAACUGUAAAAAAAAUGUAUGUAACAAAUUCUUUAAAAAUGAAAUUAUUUGUAAGACUUGUUCCAAUGCCACCUAUUUGCAGUUCCCAACCUCUGUGUCAUGAAUAGUGUCCUAUGCAAUAAACUUUUUUGCAGGUCUUUCAAAAUCAUUUUAGGGAAAGAUGAUCAAAAAUAAUGCAUCCAGCAGUACAAUAAAAGUAAACCACAAAACAUACCUCAGGAAAGUAUAUCUGAUGGCAUGCCUCUAUGAGAAUAAUAGCCUAGAAACGAAUUUAUGGCAUUUGCGGAUUUUUAUAUUAGUUGCUUUGUAAAGAAAAUAUUGUAUUGCUGUCCUUGAACGCCACAGUUGAAGAGAGUUUUUAAUAGAACCAUGUUGGUUGCA